UCACGUAAACUUGCAGUGAGGCCGCACAGUGGUGCUCUCUGUGCGCUGCCCUCAUUGGCUUUGAAGUCACGUGACCUGAUUUAGCCAAUCGUACGGCUGCAAUUUGCAAUGUUUUGCUUGCGGACCUCUGUCGGUCAAAAAUGGCAGCACCCACUGGUUUACUUACGAGAACUGUGGCUGGUGCCUUGCUGGGACGGUCACUGAUUAAUUCUUUGCUUCGGCCAACAUGUGUCGAACCAUGCCGGGGGAUGGCUGCAAGGAAGGGCAUCAGAAAGGAAAAGGCAAGGAAGAGGACAAAAGUUGAAAUCCAGAAGGUGGUGUUUGAUCCGCUCAGCCAAAGAUCAAAGAAGAACCAAGUGGCGUUUAAACCUAAAAUGGAUGAUGAUCUUUGGCGCCCUGUACCCAUGGAUGAUGUGUAUCCAUUCAAGUAUUUUCAGCAGCCAAAGUACUCUUUUGAAGAAGCUGUCCAGUGCCAUCGAGAGACACAUGAUCCAACCAUGUACAAUAGACCGGACGCUCUGCUCAAAUUGGUAGUGGAACUUGAUUUGCACGGCGAGAGGAAGACUAAGUUUUUGGAAAAACUUUUUGGCCUGGUCGACACUCCUCAUCCCUUUGAUCAACAAAUCAAGAGAACAAUUGUCGUAUUUACUAAGAAUGGUGAUGACAAAAACAAGGCCUUGGCUGCUGGUGCAUCAGUGGCCGGCGGCUCCGAGUUAAUCAAGGGCAUCCAAUCCGGUGACGUCACCCUAAGAAACGUCGAUUUUGUCAUAUGCACACCAGAUAUAUUAUCAGAAUUGGUGCCUUUGCGAGGAGUUUUCAAAAGAGCUUAUCCGUCUACCAAGCAAGGAUCAGUAACUCAAAACACAACAGAUGCAGUUCGUCGAUUUUUGAAUGGCAUUGAGUAUAUAGUUGAGAAGGAUGACCGUGAGCCUGAAUUUGGUUGGUUUGAGUGCAAUAUUGGCACGCUGAACAUGCCUACCGAAAAUUUGAAAGAGAAUAUGAUGGCAAUUGCUAAGGACCUCAUUUCAAAGGCACCACCUAAAAAACAAGAACCCAUAUUGUGGCGCCUCUUCCUGUCAAGUCCCCCUGGAUUUGAAAAAUUUAAGCUGGAUCUUUUCCCCCUGUUUGGAAUACAAGAAUACUCUAUAAGGAAGAGGAGAAAGCCAGACACGAAAGAGGACAAACCUAAAGUCACUAUGCCAAAAGAGUCUGAGGAUGACGCAGAAAAGGUGGCCGUGAGCCAGUAAGGUGUUUUGUGGUGUUGAAUCUAGUUGAACCAAUAAUAAAACUUUAUAGUGUUAUAUGUCAACAGAAAAUAUAAUU